UGUGGUUCUCUGUGUAAAACAAUUUGUUUGUGAGUCCUUUCUGCAAUGUCGUCCAUAAAGUUGCUUUCCAAGAAUGUUUGACGCUCUACUGUUGAUCAGGGUGCUGAGGGUGAAGGGGAGGCAGUGGUUUGGGGGUGGUACACGAGGAGCUGCGGCAUCGGCACUUCGGGGACUGUGCAGCGCAUCAGCACCACAUUUAGCAGCUGCUCGAUCACUAGUGCCGUUGAUGGGAGCUUGCGAGGAGGCAGCGGCUGCUGCAGUUGCAAUGCAGGGAGGUGUUGGGAUGCGGGUAGAUGAGCGGGUUGCGAUCAUGGAAGGGCUUGUCGCUGUGGCUGGUGCACUUCCGUUUGCGGAAGCAGAAUCUGCACUCGCCAGACUGUCUGGGCCCGCACUGAAUGGCAUUCAAGCCUGUGCGGCAGCACAGGAUUUGACAGGUGCGAUGACUGUCAGUUUGGCAGCAGACAUAAGGAUCAUGGCCGCUUUGGCAGCUUGUGGGGACUCAGGAAAAUGGGCUGCAGCUGGUGGUGGGCACCCAGCAAUGGCUAUUCUUCAGCAGGUUUGGCCAGCCAUCGACCAGAUUGCGUCCAAGUGUGCAGGUGAUGCUGAUGUGGCGGCCGCAAUCUGUCAUCUGUGGGGAACAACUGCAAGAGAGGUUGGUGGGGUGUUGGCACCAGUUGUUCCACAGCUUGUUAAUGCAGCUGUAGCAAUGUUUCGGCAGCAUCAGCAUGCGGCCUGUGUUGACUGCCUGUCAGAGGUGUAGGCACUAAGGGUACCGCACGUGUUCCAGGCCUUAGAACCGGGAGAAGAAAGACGGCUACGAAGAGCCCAUGCUCUAGCAGCGGGAAUACAGGAAGCACACAGAGCAGCAAGAGAGCAGGCAACAUCAGCCAGAGCAGCAGCGAUGGCUAACGGCGCAAGCUCUGCUGCGUCAUCGUCUGCGUCCUCGUCAGGGACUAAUGGGACUCAUUUGGGAAUGCCAAUAAGUUCCACAAGUUCUACGGGGACUUCCAGUUCAACAGGAUCUAGACAGUCUUCUAGUCAAAUGGCGGUCUUGCAGUUCAGCCCGUUGACCCCACGUGAGAGGGAGCUCAGAGAGAUCCAACAGGUCGAGAGGCUUCGCCAGAAGUUAGAGGAGGAUCUGAAGAAGGCAACCGAUAGAGAAAAAGAGAUAAAGAAUAGAGCAGCCAGGCUUGAAACAUUAGAGGCUGACAAGGCUGAGUUAGAGGGUUUGGAUGAGUCAACAUUGACUGACCCGUUGAAAACGCUGAAGAAGAAUAUGUUGUCGUUGCAUGCGCACGUGGACAACAGAUUAGAUUUCAUGCAAAGCACUCUAGACCAGAUCUUGGACGCAUUGACAAGGCCAGGAUUCCGGCCACCAGCACAAUCGCCGUUGCCGUUAUCGGCGAUGUCAGGCCCCUUUCCAGUUCAAGCUGGUACACAACCAAGUGGUACGUCUGCAGCAGUCGCACAGUCUGUUGCAUCUUCUUCUUCGGGUCCAGCGGUGGGAGCUACACCACCGCAACAACCUGUUCCUCAACAGGGACAGCCGCAGGGUCAACGGUAUCCUAAGACCCCAAUGAAACCGCCUCUUGCCUUCUCAGGUGAGAGGAAGGACGAAGAACUCAACACAUGGUUGAGGACAGUCCGGGUUUGGGUAAAGGCCAAGAGGACCUUGCUAGAGGACAAAGUGGUAAUUGCUGCGUCUUACCUCGAGGAUAAGGCAACCAAAUGGCUAGAUGGUGUAGUUGUAAAGGCAGGGUACGGGCGACGCGUGGUGGACUGGGCUAAGUCUCUAACGUUAGACCAGUUCAUGGAAAUGGUAGAAGCUCGAUGGCAUAAUCCACAGGAGGCACAAAGAGCCACUGAUGCGAUUAACAAGCUGGACCAACGAAAGUUCAAGUCGGUUAGAGAGCUUACGACUACCGUUGAGAGCCUGAUCCUCGUCCCAGGCAUCAACUACAGUGACCAGUUCCUGUUAACUACGUUUGUUAGAUGUUUACCAGAGAACAUCAGGAACUUACUGGCCAGCGAGGCACGCACUGAGUACCAUUCGUUUGAGACACUGUCUAGGAAAGCCUUAGAUUUGGAGGCCACGCUAGGCAAUGCUCAACCAACCUCUCAGAUUGACACGAGAAAGAAGGAGAGUCCUCAGGAGUGGAAGAAGAAGGGGGCUAAGUUGAUGAUGGUUGAGUCCGAUGGGACUCAAACGGAGAUCGACGAACUCACUGACCUGAUGGACUAUACAGAGUUUGACGGCGAGGAGGUAGCUGAGGGUAGCACCCUCGCCGCGGUAGUCAAGACUAAGGCAGGUGGCCGAGGGAAGGGCCAAUCUAGGAAUCAAGGAAAGGCCGUCUCCAAUCAGACCAAGCAAGUUGAAUGGGUGAAGGCAGGUCUUGACCAAGACGUGUGGCGUGACCGCCGAGUGCGUGGCACUUGUAUCAAUUGCGGGGAAUACAGACACUCGCAAUACAAGUGCCAGAACGCAAAGGUUACGCAAAAGAUACCUCCAAAGAUGGGGGCAUCCUAUUCCCAGGCUUCUAGCUUGGGAAACGCGUUCUUCUACUUGAGGACUGAUCAUCAGACCCUCAAAUGGAUCAAGACUCAACCGGCUCUUUCUGACGCACUCAAGCGAUGGAUUGAGGUCAUAGACCAAUAUGACUUCAAGCUUGAGUACUUGAAGGGAGAGUACAACAAGGUUGCGAAUGCGCUAUCCCAUAGAGCAGACUACCUAGGUGCGCUAGUUUCUGACUUUGGCGUAUCUGACGAAGUAACUCAAUCAUUGGUGGGAGCCUAUCAGGAAGACCCUGUCACGAUGGACAUCAUGCGCAAACUUCAGGCAAAAGACAAGGCCACAGAAAGUGAGUUUGUGAUGGUGGACGGGUUACUCUAUCUUGAUAAGGCCGGAAUAAAAAGGUUAGUAGUUCCAUCUAGUGAACGUUUGCGUAGUUUAUUUUUAGGCGAAUGUCAUGACGCAACCGGGCACUUUGGCUACAAGAAGACGAGUGCUAACUUAGUACAACGAUUCUGGUGGCCUGGUAUGAUGGAUGACGUGAAGAAGUACGUAGAGACUUGUCAGGUCUGUCAGCGGGACAAGCCGCGAACUCAAGCACCGCUUGGGUUGUUGAAGCCUUUGCCUAUCCCUGCUGGUCCAGGACAGAGUGUCUCCAUGGACUUCAUGGACACCCUGGUGACUAGUAAGAGUGGCAAGAGGCACAUCUUCGUCAUCAUCGACCGAUUCACCAAGUACGCUAGAUUAGUGGCUAUGCAAGAGACCGCAAGAACUGACUACGUUAUCAAGUUGUUCAAAGACAACUGGAUUGUGGUGAUGGUGGGGCCAUAUGGAUCUACUGAGAUGAACAACACUCUUUCAUGGAUGUUAUCAGAAGUGAUGGCACUGAUUCCGGCAUUGGAGCAGAACAUAGCUGAAGUCACGGCUUCUGAUGUGGGGACCACAGCAUUUGCGAAAGCAAAGGGGUCAAAGCGACGAGAUCGGAAGCAGAGGGAGCCAUUGGAGGCAAUGCGAGCUGUAUGCGGCCUAGCACGCAGUUUCCUUCAUUGGUGCCCAUCACUUUUGCUUCCAUCUCCAGCAUUUCUGCAGCUCUGCCAUUCAGCAAUUGGGUGUGUCAAGCGAGCCGAGAUAGAUUCUACCCAUUCGGCUCUUAUGUUUUUGGCCGAGGCAGUACAAGGCGUUGCCGUGGAGAAAGUUGUGGAUAAGGAGGGAAGAUCAUGGCAACUUCCCGAAUCAUUGAGGCACAACGUUGACACUGCGAUGGGGUUUUACGGCGCUUUCCUUGUUGAGGAGCUGUUAAAAACCAUGGCAGGGGCAACCACAACACCUGCAGUGAUUGAGAUGAUGGGUGAAGUAAUGUACGGACUAUGCAGUCGAUAUCGCGCAUCGACGGAGGGUGCAAUGCUUGCAACGUUGAAGUCUGUCGACUUUCCAGCACGAAUUGGAACACUGACAGAAACAGACAAACAGCACUUUGCCAAGGCGGCAACUCGAGAUCCUCUCAUGCCAAAACAGCGGUUCCUAGGUUGGUGAAAAUUCUCAUCCCACGCCGUCGUCCUCUUGUCAUGCAUGAUCAAUUCUGUAUGAUAUUUGUGGUGCACGCUUGUUAUCUUAGCUCUCUCUCUCUCUCUCUCUCUCUCUCUCUCUCUCUCUCUCUCUCUCUCUCACACACACACACACACACACACACACACACACACACACACACACACACAAAGAACUGUAGGCAUAUGAGAGGGGGAGUGUGAUCGGACACUUCUUUCCUCGAUAAGAUGUUCACGGGUCAUUUUAGGUCUUGCAUCCCGCAAGAUGCUGGUAUUGGAGAGAGAGAGUAACAGUCUCCUUCAUGGCAUGACUUUUUGUCGACAGGAAGCAGUGGAGUUUUACAUAGGUAGUGACGGUUGCCGUUCAUCCAAAGCGUAUUUAGGGCCGCAAACACACUUUUUGAAUAAGGAGGUAGAAUGCAGCAUCAGUUUUUAGAUGUCUUUGACUAAAAGCCUCCCCUCCUUUUUGAGUGAGAACCGACUUUUGUUGAGGUGUCGAGAAUUUCAACCCCGUG